CCUCUGACGUCACAUCCAUUCCCACAAUGCCAUAGUAACACGACUGCGCACUCGCGCUCGUGGACGCGCACCAGCAGACAGCCCAUCACACACAGAGCGAACAUGGCGGGCGCCUCCGACCCUCUGGAAGACAUGCUCUUCUCCGAGGUGGACGAGAAAGCCGUGAGUGAUCUGGUGGGCUCGCUGGAGUCUCAGCUGGGGGGCCAGAGCGAGCCGCCCGCCGCGCAGCCCGAGAACGCGCGCCCGGGCAGCGCGAAGCAGCAGCAGGCAGGAGGAACAGCGCAGCUGCCUGCUCCUGUAGACUCUCCAUCAGAACCACAACAACAACCACAGCAGCAGCAGAACGCACGGAAAGCUGCGCGCAACCCGGAUUCCGACCCGAAAGACGCCAGCACGGAUAAGCACUCCAAAGCCUUGGAGAAGGAGAGCCCUAUGAAGUCGCACGGCAGCAUCAUCAUCAUCACUACAGCAGCAGCAGCAGCAUCCGACGCUCCUGCACCGGGCAACAAAGGUGAGAGCCCGAGGGACACCCGCAAGAAGCACCCGGGGAAUACGCGCGCGCUGCGCUCCGCAGCAUCCCACAGUCUUAACGGCAACGGAGGCGACGCAGCAUCAGCAUCACCCAUCACCUCCAGCCCGGGCAGCGCGACUUUUACCGUGUCCAGUAACCCGCAGGCGAUCACGCUGGACCGCGGGACGCCCACCAUCGCGCUGCACCGACUCCCGCGUCACAUCAUCGCCAGCAUCGCGCAGAAUGGAAACGGCACGUCCGUGUCCGCGCUGGUCCAGCAGGGCUCGCGGAUCGGAGCGACGGGCGCGCAGGUCAACCACAGCAAACCACCCGCGGACGCGAACAACGCGAAACCCGCGGCGACCUCUGCGCCUCCCACCGCGGCCACAGCAGCGCCCGUCAAACCCGCUGUCAGUGUCAGUGCGGCUCCGGUCAUCAGACCUGCGCAGACGCAGACGCAGACGCAGACGCCAGCGCAGCAGAGGGUCGUAACGCCGCAGCUGAUUGUCAGACCACCGCAGCAACAAACUACAAUACAGCUGCCGCCCGGAUUCACCAUCCCACCAGGAAUGGUGCUGGUCCGGACGGAGAUGGGUCAGCUGGUGAUGGUUCCUCAGCAGGCUCUGGCUCAAGCUCAGGCCCAGAACAGCAUCUCACCGCGGCCCUCCACGCCCACCAGUGGGGCCACAUUCAGGGUCACGACCCCACAGUCUCCUGUUAGCACUCAGGCGAUUCGUCCCGCUCCUGCGGCUCAAACCAAACCGGUCCAGUCGAGUUCAACGAGCGCCGCGGCCCAAACCUGCACCGCUAAGGGCCCCGUGGCAGCCGCUGUGGCAGUGACAGCUCCCCAGCAGGUCCAGCCGGCCUCGGGCCCCCAGGGGCCCCUCACUCAGAUGCCACUGGCCCCACAGAGCGCAGCCGCCCCGGCCCCUGGAGCUCCGCUCGUCUCCCAGGAGAUGCAGGAGAACGUGAAGAAGUGCAAGAACUUCUUGGCCACAUUGAUCAAGUUGGCUUCCCAUAAUUCCCCUUCCCCAGAGACGUCUCGAAACGUGAAAGCGCUGGUGCAGGAUUUACUGGAUGCAAAGAUCGAUCCGGAGGAGUUCACCAGCCGGCUGCAGUCCGAGCUGAAGUCGUCUCCGCAGCCGUACCUCGUCCCUUUCCUGAAGAAAAGUCUCCCUGCGUUGCGUCUGUCUCUUCUGAACAGCCAGUCUCUCGCUCAGCCUCUGCAGCCCAACAAAACCAGUGUGACUCCGGUUCAGACGAGUGUCAGUGUGCGUCCACACCUGCCCAACAGCACCGCUGUACUGCCACAAGGUAUCAAGAGGGCAGUGGGUCCUGGAGGUCAGAUACGGAUGCCUGUGGUCAUCACACAGACGGUGCGAGCAACAGGUACUUUAGGGAAGCCUGCGGUUAUCCAGACGGGCAAAAGCCCUGCGGGCGUCACCACACAGCUCUCAGGAAACCAGAAAAACAAGCUGAAUGACCCGGGGGGAAGCUCCUUCAGAGACGAUGAUGACAUCAAUGAUGUGGCGUCUAUGGCCGGAGUGAACCUCAACGAGGAGAGUGCACGUAUUCUAGCGACCAACUCUGAUCUGGUGGGAACGCAGAUCCGCUCCUGUAAAGACGAGGCCUUUCUGUCUACAGGUCUGCUACACCGGCGUAUACUGGAAACAGCGAAGAGGUUUGGAGUGACGGACGUACCGCUGGAGGCUGUGAACUUCAUCUCUCACGCCACUCAGUCCAGAUUACGCACGGUGCUGGAGAAAGUUUCCUCCAUCGCCCAGCACAGAAUGGACUCGUCUAAGGAAGAUGAGGGGCACGAGCAGGCGUCUGAUGUGCGCUCGCAGCUCAAGUUUUUCGAGCAGUUGGAACGGAUGGAGAAGCAGAGGAAAGAUGAGCGAGAACGAGAGAUUCUCCUCAGAGCAGCGAAGAGUCGCUCGCGGCAAGAAGAUCCAGAACAAGCCCGUCUGAAGCAGAAAGCAAAGGAGAUGCAGCAGCAGGAACUCGCCCAAAUGAGACAACGAGACGCAAACCUGACGGCACUCGCCGCCAUCGGCCCUCGGAAGAAACGCAAAGUGGACUCACCAGGAGCUACAACGACUGAGGUUUCGGGAAAUUCGGCAGGUUCUCCGGGCGGAUCGUCAGCCCCGUGUUGCUUGUCACGGCAGUUUAACCGCCAGAGAAUAACACGCGUCAACCUCAGGGACUUCAUCUUCUACAUGGAGCAGGAGCGAGAGACCAGCAGAUCUCUCUUACUGUACCGUGCUCUCCUGAAGUAGCCAACGCUGAGCGAAUGCUGAGCCAAUCAGCAGCCAAACCACCCGAGCAGCGAUCGACUUCCCCUCAGCCCUGCGACGUGCCUUCAGCCUGUUCACCACGUCUGUGUCUGUGAGCUCGUGAUGUCUGCGUUGCUUUUGAUAGAAAAGCUCUGAAAAAGAGAGAGAGAGAGAGAAAAAAAAACAAGAUGUGCUUUGUUUCCUGUUUUCUCCUCAGCGUUACUAGCUAAACUGUAUUUAUGAUAGUGAAUUUUAAGACUUGUCUUUCUGGCUUUGAGCUGAGGAGUGUUUGUUUGUUUGUUUGUGUAUGAAUGAAUCUGACACUGUUAAUACCACUUUCUUCAUCAGUAUUUUAGUCUAUAAAUCCCCCGAAAAGAGAUGGCUAUGAAUUAAGAAUUAAUUCUAUUGUUUUAUUAAUGUGUUCCCUUAUCGUGAACAUGGUUUGUUAUAUUCAACGCCUUCAUUUUAGUGAAUCAUGACCACAUUGUCCAAUUCUUUUCCAAAUUAGUACAAAUUAGGGAACAAAUUAGUAUAAAUUCGCAGCAGUUUACUAAAACAAAGGAACAGAUACUGUACGUACAGGAAGGUCACAAUUUGCUGAAACGAGGGAAUUAAUUAAUCAAAAAUAGCAACGACUUACUAAAAUUAGGGCAUUCAUUGGUACAAAAAGGUAUUUCAGUAUUUACUGAAAUAAGGGUAGAGAAUUAAUAAAAAUUAGCAUUGAUUUACUAAUAAGAGGGAAUUAAAAAUGAGAGAAUUAAAUAAAAAUUAGCUACAAUAAAAAAAACGAGAUAAUACAAAACGAGAUAAUUAAUACAAAAUGGUCCCAAUUUACUAAAAUGAUGGAACAAAUUAAUAAAAAUUUGCAAUGAUUUACUAAAACGAGGGAACGAAUUAAUAAAAAUUUGCAAUGAUUUACUAAAAUGAGGAAAUGUAUGAAUAAAAAUGUUCAAUUAUUUACUAAAACGAGGGAACGAAUUAAUAAAAAUGUGCAAUGAUUUACUAAAACGAGGGAACAAUUUAAUAAAAAUUCACAAUGAUUUACUAAAACGAGGGGAACAAAUUAAUAAAAAUGUGCAAUGAUUUACUAAAACUUGGGAACGAAUUAAUAAAAAUGUGCAAUGAUUUACUAAAACUUGGGAACGAAUUAAUAAAAAUGUGCAAUGA